GUGACAAGUAGUGGAUUAUACUAACUAAUAUUACGAAAGGGUGCAAAGUGCAAAGUUAUAUUAUUAAUAUGGAUAUAAGUCAUCAUUUCCAUCCCGAGAUCCGAUGCUGUCGUGGUAAUGUGUCUCUUCAUCUUGACGUAGAGAUUAGCCUGAUGACUUGGUAUUCCAUCUGCCUGUCUCUGGACCUGAGCUUAGGUUCUUGGCACGCCUUCGUAAAUGGUGAUGAGCUCUCGCAAAACAAAACUGAAGAUCCUACGACUUCAGAGUCAGUUAUUGAAGGCGGAGGUUUACUGUUCAUAGGACAACACCAGAAUAUCUUGGGAGGAGGAUUUAGCAAAGCCCACAGCUUGAGGGCAACGCUGAUGGAUUUCCUGAUGGCAUAUGAGACACUGGACAUCAGUGACAUGGAAAAGUACACUGCCUGUGAUGAUGCAGAGGUUAUGCCCGAGACAUUUUUGAAUUUUCAUAACAUUCCCAAUGAUUUUUCUCAGAACAAAACUGUCUCCAAACACAUGGAGCUCGAUUUCAAAUUAUGUUCAACGGAAAACAAUAAAACCAUCUUUUAUGCAGACAGUCGCGAAUAUGAAGAUGCAAAUCAAUUCUGCAAAGCAACGGGUGGCAUUCUGACUGUUCCUGAAAGUGCCGAGGAAAACGCCCAGAUUUUAGAGAAGGCAGCUCUUUUCGAGGACAAAUGUGGUGGCGAAUACAAACCAGAUACGUUUUGGCUGGGAGCAAAAUGGGAAAAUGGACUUUGGGUUACUGAAAGUGAUGAUGAUCUCACCUUCCAAAAUUUGGAAAGUCCGUUAGGAGCGAGCCACAACACCUGUGUGUCUAUUGUAACAAAAGGUGCUGCUGAUCACAUCCAUUCUGGCAAAUGGAUAUCCACGCCAUGCCUUCAAGAAAGAUGCUUUGCCUGCUCAUACACGUCAUAUCCAAUGGUCUUGCAUCUUCGAGGUUUAUGCAGGAGAUCAAUUUUGGAUACGAAAUACAUUUUAGUAGUAGAUGGAACCGGGAUGAUUUCAUUCCUUGGAUUUCGCAACUCUGAAAUCAGCUAUCAUCAAGCAGAAAAUGGCAGUCUUGGCUACUGGGAAAUCUCAACUUCCCAUGCUAGUGGGGCAACUGCUCUACUUCAGCGUCAGUCACCUAAUCACUAUCCAAUUGGUAGAAACACUUGGGAAUUUACGAGAGACGCUUGUGGGAACGGUGGAAAACAUCUACUGCUUACAGUCUGUGGUGAUGAAGGAUUUACAUGCAAAAGCGGAGAGUGCAUACGUCGUGAAUACCGCUGUGAUGUGGAAAUAGACUGCGAUGAUGGCUCCGAUGAAGAGGACUGUCUGCGGGUCAUUUUCCCAAAAAAUUAUGACACUCAGAAAGUUGCUCCCAGGAUGGACUACACUGUUCCUUCAGUACUCAACAUCAGUAUGAAUAUAUUAUUGAUCAAAGAAUUCGAUGUGGCCAAAUUCAGAUUUACAACUGAAGCAAUAAUCAAACUAGCUUGGUAUGAUGAACGACUCACGUUUCUCAAUCUACAAAAGACUCUCUGGAAAAAUAAAGUUAGCGAACCUAUCUGGACCCCACCAAUUGAGUUCCUUGGUCAUGGGAGGACAUCCUGUGCUACUAAAGAAGAAAAUGAAAUAAUCACGAUCAAGAAACAAAGCGACGGACGCACUGACAGUAAAAAAGUUUAUGAAGAUCUUAUGUACAGUGGACGUGAAAACGCUCUUCAACUUACGCGAAAAGUCACCAUUACAUCAAACUGCCUCUUUAAGCUGUUCGCUUUUCCCUUUGACGAGCAGCACUGUUCCGUGAUUAUGAAACUGUCCUAUCCACCUGAAUACGUCAUGCAAUUUAACAUUUCGGACGAAGGGCUACAAUUCAUGGGGGAAAGGAACCUCCUCCAGUAUUACCUGAAGGAAGAGCAUAUGAAAAACCAGUCGAUAGAUGAGUAUAGCAGCGUCCACGUCCGCCUCGUUUUCUCCAACCUCACAACCUACUUCCUCACGUCUACGUAUUUUCCAACAUUUAUUCUACUUAUUAUUGGCUACAUGUCUUUCUUCUUCCCUGUGGAUGACUUCAACGACAGAAUCAUGGUAGCUCUCACUGCACUUCUGGUCGAAGCUGCUUUCUUCGCUCAGACAAGUGACUCAGUGCCACAGACUGCUUACCUAAAGCUGGUCGACAUCUGGUUUGUGUUCUGCAUCGCCUUCCUGUUCUUGGUAAUAGUUAUCCUCGUAAUUAUCAACGUGCUGAUAGACAUCGAACAAGAGCCGCAAGCAAUCCUACACCAGAAGAUUUUCAACGUUCGCCUUGCUGCAGUCUUUCCGCAAGAACAUUGUGCAGUAAGUGAAGAAGAAAAACAAGAAGCGACAGCCAAGAGCAAGAAGCGCUUCAUUACCUCGUCAAGUCUCAAUACCUUCGGCAAGAUCUUCUUCCCGUGUUUAAGCCUUUUGUUCGUGGUGGUAUACUUCGUUUAUGCCAUGACUUAUAAUAUGAAAUGAAGUGGUUUCUCGUCUGUAAAGGCACGAGUCCAAAUCCUGGGGCUAGAUUCAUCUUACCACUCGUGCUGACUUUUCCCACGAAAUUUGCCAUCAUCCCGUUUUUACGAGUGCUAGGAUAUUGGUCAUUCUCGUGGAAUGGAAACUAAAACAUCGUAAGCUCUUAUACAGGUGGCGUUUAGUGUAUCUCGGUACACUUUGUAAAAUAUAAUACCUAACUCCUUGUUCGAAUCUACACCCUAUUUCCUCCGUUGGCUCUUGAGCCUCAGUGUGACUCACUGCCAAUGGCACCAGACCUUUCCCUCGUCACUGCUUUUCAACAUCUCAAUUCAGCCUUAGUUCCUCAGGUGCGCCAAUACGAUAAGAUCUCUUGAUCCUUCUGAUUCCCUAAACCAUAACAUCAAAUGUGAGGAAGAAAGAAACGAAUAGGUAAUUGCCACAGGACUGGUUAAAAUGAAACUGGGCAUUUUCUGAACAACUGUGUCAUUAAUAUCUUACAUGUAAUGAAUCAUGACGAGUUUUCACAAGCUGCAAAAUGCAUUUUAUUUGUUGACAUUUCAAACUUCGAAAAGUUAUCGUAUAUCUUAUAUAUACUCUUAAUCGACAUAACCACAUAUCGCCGUUUACCUGGAACGUGACACGAACGAUUGUGUAUAGCACUCAAACUCUGGAUCUCAUUCAAUUCGCCAGUGUUCCAUUUUUCCUCAUGGCCUUCUGCUAUUUGAAUGGUGUGUAUGCCAUCAAGCUGUGCAAUUUUAGGUUAUUUUGAGUUGAAACGAGAAAGUUACAAGGAGUUACAAUGAUUAGGAUAUCCACAUAUUUUACACUACGGAUAAAUAACUGAAUGUUUUUGAGAACGUGAUGUAAUGAGAAAUAUCUAGUUGUACGAAACAGUUUUAUUAUGGACAAAUAUUUGAAAAUAAUUUGUUUCGAAAUCACUUUAAAAAAAUUAUCUCUCUCUCUCUCUCUCUCUCUUUGAUAUAGAUUAAGGCUUUAAGGCUCAGCAGACCUGCUUCUUCCUUCGAGUGAGCGUAUUGUUAAAUGCCCUAUUGAUAAACUCUAAUCCCUCCAGCAAAUAUUUCUUGUCUUUUAGGAAGUGAAAUGUUUCCAAGGUAAUAUACAGACUCUCUCUGCCUAUCGUU